AUGAACUCCAGCACACCCAAUUCUCAGUCAAUGGCGGCGGCGGCAGCAGCGAGUGAUGGGUCGGGGAAGAAGGUGAGAAAGCCUUACACCAUAACCAAGUCAAGGGAGAGUUGGACUGAGGAAGAGCACGACAAGUUUCUCGAAGCUCUUCAACUAUUUGACAGGGAUUGGAAAAAAAUUGAAGAUUUUGUAGGUUCAAAAACAGUCAUUCAGAUUCGAAGCCAUGCUCAGAAAUACUUCUUGAAAGUUCAAAAGAAUGGGACUGUGGCACAUGUGCCUCCUCCCCGUCCUAAGCGAAAAGCUGCUCAUCCUUAUCCACAAAAAGCAUCAAAAAAUGUUUUGGUGCCACUACCAGCUUCCAUUGGUUAUGCUUCUUCAACAAAUAUGCUUGCACCUGGGUUUGCCACAUGGGAGGAAACCUCCCUGCUGAUGAAUGCAGGAGCCAAUAAAUCCAUGACCUGUCAGGAUGAACUCAACAAUCUUCGUGGAAAUGAAGCUGAUAUUGGAUCAAAGGGGCUAACACAGAUUACCAACAGCAGUGUUAGUGGUGUUGGAAAUUCUAUUAGAAUGCUACCAACUUCUGAUAUACCAAAGCAAGGGAAACAAGCUCCCGUACUUCAUGGUUUGCCAGAUUUUGCUGAAGUUUACAGUUUCAUAGGAAGUGUAUUUGAUCCAGAUACAAAUGGCCAUGUCCAGAAGCUGAAGGAAAUGGAUCCUAUAAAUUUUGAAACUGUUUUGUUGUUAAUGAGAAACCUCACUGUCAACUUGUCUAGCCCUGACUUUGAACCCAUCGGUGUACAACCUCAUCUCCUUGAUGUUUUAUCUGUGUGA